GUCGGCCCACGUCGGACGCCAACACCUAUGCCUACGCCAAGAGCUUCCGGCAGCUCACCAGGGAGGCGCUGCCCCGCCUGGACAACUACCGCAACAUCAUGUCCAUCCAGGCCGCUUACAGGCCCACCCUGGACGAGCUGCACAACGCCACCCUCACGGCCAAACAGUCUGCAGGAGCUACCCUGAAAGGAGCUGUUCCUCCAACUGCUGGAGAAGGUGUUGUGAAGUUUGGAUGGAUUGUUGGAGUUCUCAUAAGAUGCCUCUUGAACAUCUGGGGGGUGAUGCUUUUCCUUCGGCUAACAUGGGUUGUUGGAGAAGCGGGUGUUGCACAAGGAGUGUUACUGAUUCUCUCUGCAUCUGUUGUCACUAUCAUCACUGCUAUGUCGAUGUCUGCUAUCAGUACCAAUGGAGAAAUCAAGGGCGGUGGAACCUAUUACAUGAUCUCUCGGUCUUUGGGACCUGAAUUCGGAGGAUCAAUUGGGCUAAUAUUUUCUCUAGCCAAUGCGAUAGCUUGUGCCAUGUAUGUUGUGGGAUUUUGUGAGUCUUUGAGGGACUUACUGAAAUCAUUAGAUACAUUUAUAGUUGAUGGAGGUACUCAAGACGUCCGAAUUGUUGGUUCUAUUACAAUGCUCUUGUUGACAGGAGUUGUUGUUAUUGGCAUGGAAUGGGAAGCCAAGGCUCAAUUUGUUUUGUUGAUCAUUCUAUUACUUGCUAUCGGGGAUUUCUUUAUUGGAUCUUUAAUUGGGCCCACCACGGAUGAAGACAAGGCUCGAGGCUUUGUAGGAUUUUCAGCCGAGACAUUUGCAAAUAAUGUUGGACCUGAUUAUCGCUAUCAAAAAGGAGAACAGCACAAUUUUUUCUCUGUAUUUGCAAUAUUUUUUCCUGCUGCCACUGGAAUCCUUGCUGGUGCCAAUAUUUCCGGGGACUUGAAGGACCCCCAAACGGCCAUACCGAAAGGAACAAUUCUGUCAAUUAUUGUAACAUCAAUUACAUAUAUUCUGAUGGCUAUUGUUGCUGGUGCAGUUGUAGUUCGGGAUGCAAGUGGAAAUGUAACUGAUCUCCUAAACAAUACGUUUACUGACUGUGCAAAUCGAACAUGUGAUUAUGGUCUUCAAAAUAACUUUCAGGUUGUAGAGAUGGUGUCAGCAUUUGGACCCCUUAUAUAUGCAGGCUGUUUUGCAGCAACAUUGUCAUCGGCUCUUGCUAGCCUUGUAUCUGCACCUAAAGUCUUUCAAGCUCUUUGUAAAGACAGGCUGUAUCCAUACAUAUUCUGGUUCUCUAAAGGCUAUGGCAAAAAUCAAGAACCUGUGCGUGGCUAUGUACUUACUUUCUUUAUUGCUAUAGCCUUCAUCUUGAUUGGUGAACUGGAUGCUAUUGCACCCCUUAUAUCAAACUUUUUCCUUGCUGCUUAUGCUUUGAUCAACUUCAGUACAUUUCAUGCAUCUCUUGCAAAACCUGUUGGAUGGCGUCCCACAUUUAAGUUUUACAACAUGUGGUUAUCGCUCGUGGGCUCUAUAUUAUGUGUGGCUGUGAUGUUUUUGAUCAGCUGGUCUACUGCACUUAUUACGUUUGGCAUUGUCUUGGCUCUAUACUUGAUAGUUCAAUACAGAAAACCUGAUGUCAACUGGGGAUCUACAACACAAGCUCAAACAUAUAAAAAUGCAUUAAACUCAGUGCAACAAUUAAAUUAUGUUGAGGAUCAUGUCAAAAACUAUCGUCCACAAAUAUUGAUUUUAAGUGGUAUACCAAAUUAUCGCCCUCCACUGAUUGACUUUGCCUUUCUGAUGACAAAGAAUUUAUCUCUACUUAUUUGCGGGCACAUCAUAAAGAGUUCUGUUCCACAACGAGUGAGAAAUGCUCUGUCAUAUAAAGCUCACAGUUGGCUUAAGGCUCAUAAAAUCAGGGCAUUUUACUCUCAAGUGGAUGACUCUUCCUUUGAGGAAGGUGCAAAAACAUUAAUCCAAGCUUCAGGUGUUGGAAAGUUGCGGCCCAAUAUCCUACUGAUGGGUUUUAAAAAUGAUUGGCGGACUUGUGAUUCAGAGGAUUUACUAAUGUAUUUCAACACAAUGCAUAAAGCCUUGGAUUUGCAUAUGGGUGUAGCAGUUCUCAGAGUUGAAGGAGGAUUUGAUUAUUCUAAAAUUCUGUCAGGGGGCGAGGAACCUCGUCAGAAUGGAAACAUACCUCAAGUGCCCUCUUCGGUGGGAAUGGGUACUAAUGGAAAUCUUAAUCGAACUCGGCAAAACUCCCAGGAAUCCCUCUCGAUUCCCCACAAUCAGUCGUUCUCACAACUUUCUACUGGGCUUUGGUUUCUGGGAAUGGCAAGUAGUGUUAGUGACCUAUCUACGCCUCCAACACCAAACCUAAAUAAAUCCAGAGUAAGUGAUAGUCCAAAUGCUGAUGACACAGAUCAAAAUACUACCCCUGAGCAUGACGACAGAUCAAAGAAAGAGAGAAAGAAGCAAGAGUCCCGAGCUGACCUUUACAAGGGUGCAGGUCAAGGUGACACAGACCUUCCAAAAGAUGUUUUAAAUAGCAUUACAAGGUUUCAGCGAAAACAGAAAAAGGGAACAAUUGAUGUGUGGUGGUUGUAUGAUGAUGGAGGUCUUACACUUUUACUGCCUCACAUUAUUACAACACGAGGAAAUUGGUCUGAUUGUAAAUUGAGAGUCUUUACACUGGCCAACAAACAAGCUGAGCUAGAAUAUGAGCAAAGAAGCAUGGCAAGUCUGUUGGCUAAAUUUCGUAUUGAUUAUUCAGCCCUAAAGCUAAUUCCGGAUAUCACCAAGAAACCGAAGGACUCCACCAUGUCAUUCUUUGAAGACUUAAUAUCUCCCUUCAUAGUUCCAGAAUCAGAUGAAGAAAAUGAGACCACAAAUGGUAUCACUGAGGCGGAUCUUCUUGCAAUGAAAGACAAGACAAAUAGACAUCUUCGCUUGCGUGAACUUGUUUUAGAACACUCAAGUGAUGCAAACCUGGUAGUCAUGACACUACCAAUGCCACGAAAAAAUAUAGUAUCUGCAUCUCUAUAUAUGGCAUGGCUUGAAGUUCUCACAAGAGAUAUGCCUCCAUUCCUCCUUGUGAGAGGAAACCAAACAUCUGUUUUAACCUUUUAUUCGUGAUCUAUUCUUUUAUAAUUCUAAACAUGUUUCCGUCCAUAUCAAAUUUAUGACCAGUGAUGAUGUCAGGAUACUACAAGUGCUGAUGGUAGGGGUACCUUUCUUUACCAAACCUAUGAAUUGGUAGUUUCAUUACAGACUUUCCAUGAGGUUUUUAGAAAGUCUGACUACAAAAGUUUCUUCUUCUUCAGACAGUAAAUGUGCCAAGUUAGGUUCAAUGUACCUUUAAAAACUUGAUGCACCUUCACAAAACAUUGAAAACUUUAUGUUGGUUAUUCCUGAGGGUGGCUCGGAAUAUUAAAUUCUGGAAUUGUCCAUUUAACAAGUUCUAUGUUUUCUAUUAGGGUAUAAGUAUCAUGUAAAUCUUUGUUAUUAGUGGUAAGAUCAAAAGAGCUACAACCAGCCUUCAGCUGAAAAAUACGUUCUACUUAAAAUGGGGAUAUUUCAUUUAAGCAGAAAGUGCAUGUUCUGUUUUGUCACCUAUUCUGCAUUUUCAGAAGUAUUUUUGUGCAGUAUUUCACUAGGCUAUUAUUUGUAUAUUUCCUCGUUACUCUUGACCAUCCAACAAUGUGUGAUGGUGUAGGAAUAAAUUUUGAGCUUGUUACUGAAUUAUUUAGUUGCCUCUCUCACUUGAAAACUACAAGAAUCAUGCACCUAGUGUCAAAUAAAAUCUUCCAUGGCAGUGCUAAUUUAUAAUUUUGUAUGAAAAGCCCUGGCUGUUAUUUUUAUACUAGUGUAAAAUAUGAGAUUUUAUCAAAGAAAGAAACUAAUAAAAAAAGUGAGCACUCUUUGCCAAGCAUAUACUUUAUACACAGUACUACUUAAUUGUUUUAAUGUUUCUGGUUUAUUUAUGGCCACCUAUGAAGUGAGAAAUUUUGUUAAUAAAUCUUUUUCUUGAUAAUCUGUGGCAAGCUGGCCAGGAGGCUUGAGUGAUAGAGAUACCUCACUUAAGGCCCCAAAAGGCAUGUCAUCUAAAUUUUACAAACUUAUUUAAAUAAACUAUGUUAUUUUCUCUUGGACAAUUGCUCUAGGCUCUGUAUACAUUGCUCCACCUGCACUGAAAUAAACAAACACUGUAACCAGA